AUGUCUUGCUUGCGUGUCAUAUCGAAGAGAGUGAAUCUCUUACAGAGACGAGCUUAUCCAUCGUGUGGUCAUCUCCUCGGCGAUGAUAAAGAUGGAGCUAAAUCGUCUCCUCCGAAUUCGGAUACAAUGAUCCGUAGAGCCUUUGCACACAGUGUGACUAACAAGCGUAGCUCUAUGCAAUACCAGUCGUCAUUUGCUGGGCCAUUGGGUCUCGGAUUGUCUUCGUGUCGGUAUAUGAGUUCUUCUACACCUCCGGAAUGGUCUGAUAAAGUUGACGGAAUCGACUUUGUGGCGGCGGAAGUUGUUCCCGAUCAAAUCAUCGAAGCUGUGACGACAAGCCAAGCUGUUCCUGCUCUAAACGAGGUUGCUAUUGCAGCUGCAGACUCUGCUUUCCCUGUUGCUGCUUUGCAGCAUUUGAUUGAUGGUGUGCAUUCGUUAACUGGCAUGAACUGGUGGGCUUCGAUAGUUCUGACGACUGUGAUCAUUCGUGGAGUUACAGUUCCCAUUCUUUUGAAUCAACUAAAGGCUACUUACAAACUCAAUCUUCUGAGGCCACAACUGGAGGAGUUAAGACAAGAGAUGAGCACUAAGGCUACGGAUCAGGAAGCCAUGGCGGAUGGCCAAAGACGAAUGCAACUAUUGUUUAAACAGCAUGGAGUAACUCCUUUUACUCCCCUCAAAGGACUUAUUAUUCAAGGUCCCAUCUUCAUCAGCUUUUUCUUCGCGAUCAGGAAUAUGGCCGAGAAAGUCCCAUCAUUUAAAACCGGUGGAACUCUUUGGUUUACUGAUCUCACCACUGCAGAUACUACCUAUGUCUUGCCACUUCUCACUGCAGUGACUUUCAUGAUUAUGGUGGAGUCCAACAUGCAAGAAGGUCUGGAAGGAAAUCCAGUAGCUGGAACUAUGAAGAAGUUCUCAAGAAUCAUUGCCGUUCUCUCUAUUCCAGUUUUGAUAGGCAUUGAAAAGGCAUUGUUCUGUUACUGGCUCACUUCCAACCUGUUUACUCUUGGGUAUGGAUUAGGCAAGUCCCCUUCAACAUUGCUAUCUUUUUCCAACUCACUAAGACGACCUGAUGUGAGGAGGCUCUUGAAUCUCCCAGAUGUUAUCAACUCUUCUACUAAGCAGCCAUCACCAGCUUCGCCUAUACCAUUUUCCUUUUCGCAGCCAAAAGACCAAAGUGAUGUUCAAGAAAAUCCUCCUCCUAUGUCUUCCUCCGAGUCGUCAUCUUCGAGUGUUCCAGAUAGAAGAAUCUCACGGAGCUCAGUUCUGAAUCAGAGAAUCAGAACUCUGGAGAGACAACUCAAAGACCGACAGAAGAAGAAGAAGUGA